GUCCUAAAGAGACGAGCAGGGUCCGAGGAACCGGCAGACCUGAGGCUCAGACAGACAGGAUACCAACACACACUCACCAAGACAAAGACGGAAGAUUUCUUAACUCAUUUAAAACAAAGUCUCACAGGAGGAGGACUCUGUGAUCCGGCUUUGUUCGCUUCAAUCUCCGGAUACAAAAAAAACAACAAGUUUCUUUUUUUCUUUCUUUUUUAAAAUAAAUCAACAGUUCAAGUUUGUUUUUGUUCUGCUUUUCAACACCAAGGUUUUUUUUCUAUUUUUUAAAAAACAUUUUCCAGACCACAUUUUUCUCCACAACUUACUAAACUAACAGCUGACUGACGGGUUGGUUAAUUGCGCAACAUAGGAAACAAGAAGAAGGACGUCAUCACCGGAUAGGCAGCUCCAGUAUUCCCAUUAACAGAGCUGCUGGUUCCAGUUUGAGUACAACUUUUUUUUUUAAAGAGAAAAAGAAACGUUUUUAUGCCAUCAGCAACUUCUUCUACACACCCAUACACACAGACCAUCAGCUCCAAGCUGACUCCACUGGGUUUCUACUGAGUCUACUGGAUCUACUGGUUCUCUUGUUUACCUGCAGUCCGGACUGGUCUGUCUGUCUGAGGAGCUCAAGAUGAAUAUGGGCACUGCCACAGCAAGAUCUCAGGUGUGUCUGAAGAGACUACUGGAUGAGCCCCAGGACAACUUGCCGAAAUUUAAAAGAGUGUGCCUGGCCCCGCCGCCUCCCACCACCGGCCUGUCACCAUGCCUCAGACCCAAAAGCCCCAAGUCCAGUCAGAGCCAAUCCCAGUUCAGAGUCGGACCGUAUUUCCUGUUUGAACGUUGUGAAGGGGAGGAGACUUACAGGGCUGUGCACACGCACACACAGCAGCAGUACACUUGCCAGGUACUACCUCUACGCGGUUACCAGGAGAGGUUGGCUGCUUACGCGCGGCUCGGUCACCACGACAACAUCUGUGGCCUGCUGGACGUCGUGAUGGGCCAGGACAGUGUGUACGUCUUCCUGCCUGGUCACCAUGGUGACAUGCAUGCUUAUGUGCGCAGCAGGAAACGCCUGGGUGAGGAGGAGGCGGGGCUCCUGUUUGCUCAGAUGCUGAACGCUGUGGAGCACUGCCAUCGCCACGGAGUUGUACUGCGAGACCUGAAACUCCGCAGAUUCGUCUUCACUGACAGAUACAGGACUCGUCUCGCUCUGCUCGGCCUCGACGACUGCGUCCUCCUGCACGGCGACCAUAACGACGACUCUCUCACAGACAGACACGGCUGCCCCGCUUACGUCGGCCCCGAGCUGCUGGCCAAUGGGAACGCGUCGUACUCAGGGCGUGCCGCAGACAUUUGGAGCCUGGGCGUGUCCCUGUACACAAUGCUGAUUGGACGAUACCCAUUCCAGGACACGAAGCCCGCCGCGCUGUUCGCCAAGAUCCGCCACGGAGCCUUCAGCGUACCCAGCUGGUUGUCAGCGCAGGCAAAGUGUCUGAUCAGCUGCAUGCUCAGGAAGUUGCCCGCAGAGAGACUGGAGGCAUCUGAGCUGCUGAUGCACCCGUGGCUGACCAAUCCCUUCACGCCACGUCACAACACACACACGAUACAUCACGGCUCGCACAAAACACUACAGAACAAACAAGAGGACGAUGACCAGGUGGUGCCAACAUGGACUGAAAAACACUAACGCACAAACACACAGGUUUGUACCUCUAUACUUGUGAGGACCAUCAAACUCUAAACUUAACCAUCACAACCAAAUUACGCCAACACUACUUAACAUAAACUUGAUUAUCACGUAAAACUGAAAACUAACUCUAAAAUCUCAGUAAGCCCUCUGCUCUGACAGAUGAAAACGACCUCACUCCCAUAGUCAAAAACUCAAAUUGGUCCUCACAAAAAUAGACAAGCAAGAAAACAAACACACAGAGACAGUAUGAUCCUGGAUUACUUGACCCUCAGGUGCCUUCAACUCUCUGCGGCUGUGACUCAGUUCAAGUCCCGCCUGCGAAAGCGUGUCCUCCAGUGGACUUCAGGUGCAGUCAGACCAGAUUUCGCCACAUGAAAUCUACUCAUUCACUGUUGCUACAAGACAAUAACACAGCUAAUAUCAGCAAAGUUGUAAAUUAUUCAUCUUCUUAUCAGCGAUUUUACUUUUAUAGUCACGUAUCAGGAAGGACUCCCUCCUUCUCUGGUACUUUGAUUAUUUCACCACUAUUUCCUGGAUUAGAAGUCAGUCCCGCUCUUCCUCAUAAACUGGCUUAAAAUUAGAGAAACUCCGAGUUUAAACAGAUUGAACUAUGACUGGAGUUGGCGAUGUCAAGUUUACAACUGAAAGUGAAUGCAUCUCGCCUCAUUCCUCAUAGAAAUAAACAAGGAGCCAAAUCUGGUCUGACUGCACCUUGAGGCCCAUUCCUUGUCUUCCACAAAGUAUUCACUCUUCAGAGGAUUCAUAACAGAGUGACCAGUAACCGACAUAAACCAGAGCUAAUGGUGUGUUCAAUGGCAGUUUAAAAUGAUAAAUACGUCAGUCUAGCUUCUCACAGUGUGUCCAGGAUGAUGAACAAACAGUGCACUUAAUAUUCAGACUUAUUAUUAACAUCUAAUAUCUUCUUCAUUGGUCACACUUGAGAAAUAACACCUGGUUACAUGAUCAUUUAUGACUGAAGGAGUCGGCCUGAACACAACGUUGGUUUUAAAAAGUGGAAAGUCCAUACUACAUACAACUUCUGAGCAGGUUUUGAGUAUACAGUGAGCAGAAAAGUUACAAAAUGAACUAAACCAGGCAGAAUGUGUCCUGAAUACAGUGUAUUUUUAAAUGAGCUGAUGAUGGACACUAUUACCCCAAAGAAAACAGAGGAGCUUCUCACACUUUAAAAAAACAUUAAACGAAAUUUUGCUUGGUGGUGAGACUGCUCCAGCAUUUAAGUUGUCCAGAGCAAAGUCGCACUUUGUCACACAAUCAAUGGAACUAUCAGCCUGUUGAUUGUGAAUAAAUUAAUCUGAAAAAAACCCCAAAACAUUAAACUAGGUGAUUGUUUUUGCUGUUUUUAUAGUGCCACCUUUUUUUCCUGACUUUGUUCUGGAGACCAUACACUGCUUUUUUUUUUUGUUGUUUAAAAAAAAAAAGGUCAGAGCACCUGACUGAAUUUCAUUACAAGAGAAGUGCAAUAGUUUCCUCUCCAUUUGUGAAGUUCAAUUGGCAGUUACUUUCCAAAGUUACAGUAUGAUUAACAUCAAAGGUUGCACGUUUUGCAUUAUUUCCUUUUAGUAUAAAUGAUAAAUUAUGUUGAUUUUUUUUUGUACUUAUUGGUGAGAUGAUAUACAAUAAUGAUAAGUAUGUAGUAUGGAUUUGAUACACAGCUACCUUCUUUCUCUCAGUGUUUACACUUUCUGGUUCCUCUGUAGGAUUAUAAGAGACGGAUGGAUUAAAAGAAAAACUAAAUCUACAACAUUUACUGAACAGUUUUUACUGUGAUUCAGCACAAAGUGGUCGACAGUAACAAUCUGCAGUGCGACAUAAAAAUAAAUUCAUCCUCUUCUGAUGAUCCCACUUUAAAGGAAGCUCAAAGACGCCACGAUGGCUAAAAAUACUUUUCAGGCCCUUUUAUCUCCGGCUCCAAACUUAAUUUACUGAUUUCCUCUAAAUUAAGUUUUUGUAGUGACGAUAAAAAACUGUUAUCAUAAAAAACGCUUUACUAUUUUGUUCCACGUAUAAAUAGUUUUCUUGUGACACGACUUCCCUGAAUAACAAACAUGUUCAUCACUGUGAUAACAACAGUUACAUGGAGGUUUAAUUAUCCUGGGACAUUUUGUUCUCGGGGCUGAUAGGACCGUCAUGACAGAACUGGCUCGGAUCGACCAUGAUCCCAAAAAUAACAGCGCGAUUCAUUUUGUGAUCAUGAGAAAACUAUUUCUGAUGUGGCAACAUAACAGCAUAAUUCAAUUCAGGAUAACAGGAUAAAGGAUCUGAUGUAAGCGCCAUGUGUUGUAUCAUAAUAAGAAAACGAUGGAAGUUGUAAUCUUGAGAUAACCGGAUUAAAAUUAUUCCUGAUGCUCAUCUUUGGGUUCCCACUGACCGAGGCUGACCAAUCACUGUCAAACAGACUUGGAGCCAGCCAAUAGGAUGCCUUCUUCUGAACGUGUGACCUCAGUUACAGCUGCUGAAAUAAAUAAAGAUGUUUC